CUUCACAUGACGACGCCCUAGGCUGUUCUUGCUCGUUCAGGGAGGCACGAGAGUCCAGCCCUUUGCCUAUAUAAUCUACAAUCUUCCCGCCCUCCAAAUCUUUUCUUUUCCUCAUCAUCAAACAACCAAUAACUUCCACCUCCACAUCAAGAUCAACAAUCACUGCAAAACCAAACCCAAUUACCACUCAAUCACAAUGGAUACCGUCAAGCAAGCUGCCAACUACGUCUCGGACAAGGUCCAGGGCACCGCCUCUGAGGCUUCCAAGGAGACCAACAAGAGCGUCGCCAAGGAUUCUGAUGCCGGCAUUGGCACUCGCAUCUCUGCCGCCACCGACGCUCUCGGCGACAAGGCUGAUGAGUCCAAGUACGACGCCAAGGCUGAGGCCAACAAGCAGCAACUGAAGCACUAAGCGACUUCGCACUUCUUUUCCAACCAACCUUCAUGAUUCACCAUUUCGUCUGCACCUUUGGCACGGAUGGGUACGACAACCUUUAAUGACUACGGAUUGGGGGAAUGAGUUGCCAAUUGGCCAAUUUUCUUUUGUCACUUGGGGGAAUUGGGAAAGGAAUUUCAUUACCAUACCCUGGAUCAGCAGCACCCUUGGGUAGCUAGCUAGAGAAUCCGAAUUUCGACUUCAUUGUUGAACAAUUUGUUCUUCGCUCGUGAUAUGUGACAUGUCUGACAUCUGAAUUGCACUUGGUGUACUUUGGACUGCGUUGUCGAUGUUUUGCCGGCCAGACAUAUAUGUGGCUGGUCUGCAAUACAAUUGUUUACACGGGGGCUGCCAGCAACCACCACAGCCUGAAGGAUACACGAAUGUCUCCAAGGAAACUAUUGUGACGACUGACGGGGCAAUGCCCCGCCAAUUCUCGGA